UAAAUGCAUACAAAUGGAAGCGAAGCUAAAAGUCUAGUCUAUUUGUUCACAAAAAUUUCAUAUAUAAUCAAUUAUUCAGUGAUAAUCACAUAAACAGAUUCGGAAUUAAACUAAAUGUAUAUAAAUAAAAAUAAAUCUGAAUAAUAACUACAAAACAUACAACUGUGUGGAGAAAUAAUAGAGAAAAGGUGUUGCAAUGCAUAAUAUAGUCCGUAGACAACAGUCUCGGAGCGAACUUCCGAUCGGAGAGAAACUGGAGUUAAGGGAACUGAAGGGUCGACUAGUGAUGGAAAACGGGAGACCAUUAAGUUAUGGCACAACUAAUGUCGCCUUUGAAGACGACGACGAAGAAAACACAUCCAUUGAUAGCAAUAUAUCUGCGUCAAAAAUAAUGACCGCAGAUAUGGCGGAGGCGGACGAGAGGGCGCUUUUCAAAGACCCGGAUGACGGACGCGAGUCAUGGGACAGCAAAUUGCAGUUCAUGUUAGCAACCAUUGGAUACGCUGUGGGACUCGGAAAUGUCUGGAGAUUCCCAUAUCUGGCACAGAAGAAUGGCGGCGGGAUACCUGUUUUCUACUUAGAGCUGGCAAUUGGCCAGCGAUUACGUAAGGGUGCGAUCGGUGCCUGGAAUCUGAUAUCAGUGUACGCGGGAGGUAUAGGUCUGGCCAGUGCUGUCGUCUCGUUCAAUGUGGCCCUCUAUUACAACACAAUCAUCGCGUGGUGUAUAUUCUACUUCUACCAUAGCUUCAAAAGCCCCCUUCCCUGGAGUGACUGUCCGCCCAAGAAGUUGAUCAAUGAGUCCUAUGUUUCACAACCAGAAUGUGAG